CUAAAAGAAAAAAAAGAAAGACAGUUGGCAAUUUCUUUAAAUGUUUCGCUUAUUUAUUCUCCAGAGACCGCCUCUUCUUCGUCUUCUACUACUUAUUCUUCAAGUCUUCUCCUCAUCCACCUCUUUCCGUCUUCUCCUUCCAAACCCAACCCCUCUUGAUUUUGUGUUCCCGAGUCUCUGCGUUGCAAAAUGGAGAACUCAAACGAUGCGAUGAAGUCGAACUCUUCUUCCACCGAUGCCUCACGAUCAUCCGAUGACGCGACCCGAUCCGAUCCGUCAGCUCCUCCCCCUUCCACUCCCUCCAAGAAUGAAUGCGCGAUUUGCUUGGAUGAGAUGAGAAAGGGAGACGGGAAGGCGAUAUUCACAGCAGAGUGCUCUCACUCGUUCCAUUUCGACUGCAUCACCACCAACGUCAAACACGGAAACAGAAUCUGCCCUCUCUGCAGAACUCAAUGGAAACAAGUCCCUUCUUCCUUUCUUGAUAAUAACCGUUUCCGCAUCCCUGUCCUCGUCCCUGUCACCGUCGUCCCCGCUGAAAUGAGUUUUGAAGAUGAUGAGUUCUUACCCCAGGAGGAGGCCCAAACUCAUCAGCGAGAGGGUGAGCCUCUCGAGGUUAAACUCCUCCCGCAAGUCUCUGCAGUGGCGAAAAACCCCGCUAGUGAUUUUGCCGUUCUUGUUCAUCUCAAAGCGGGUGGUGAAGUGAGUGAUAGUAGCUCCUCCACCACUCGAGCUCCUUUGGAUCUCGUAGCGGUUCUCGACGUGAGCGGUAGCAUGUCCGGACCCAAACUGGAGCUCUUGAAGAACGCCGUGGGGUUUGUGAUUCAGAAUCUUGGCGAAACGGACAGGCUAUCCGUGGUUGCUUUCUCCUCCGUUGCUCGUAGGCUGUUUCCUCUCAAGGUGAUGUCUGCGGCCGGGAAGGAAGAGGCGAUUCGAGCUGUUGACUCCUUGGUCGCUGGAGGUGGGACGAAUAUCUCCGAGGGGCUUAAGAUUGGUGGUAGAGUGAUCGCUGACAGGAGAUGUAGAGUUCCUGUUCCGGUGAUGAUGCUUUUGUCCGAUGGACAAGACGGGUUCGGUUAUUCUCAUUCUCGGUCUCGGUCUGGUGUUCGUGAUUACGAGUAUUUGCUCCCGACGAGUUCUACUGGUCGGGUUCCGGUGCAUGCUUUCGGGUUUGGCUCUGAUCACGACGCUGAGCUGAUGCACGCGAUUUCGCGAGUCUCUAGUGGCACGUUCUCGUUUAUUGAGACGGAGACUGUGAUUCGCGAUGCGUUUGCUCAGUGUAUUGGAGGGCUUCUCAGCGUUGUUGUUCUUGAACAAGUUGUUGAGAUCGAGUGUGUUCAUGAGGAGGGACUGAAGAUAACCUCUGUUAAAUCGGGAAGCUACAGAAACAGCGUGUCGUCUGAUGGAAGAAGCGCCACGAUCAGUGUCGGCGACAUGUACGCAGAAGAAGAGAGGGACUUCCUCGUGGUUCUUGAGAUUCCGUGUUCCCAAAGUGAAUCCAUGUCGCUGGUCAAGGUGCGAUGCGUCUACAAAAAUCCUGUUGGGAGAGAGACGGUCCGCGUGGAGUCGGGUGAACUAACCAUUCAAAGGCCGAAUGAGCUAACGGGAGAAGAAGUGGUGUCCGUAGAGGUUGAUAGACAGCGAAACAGGUUCCUUGUUUCACAAGCUAUGUCCGAGGCGAAGGUUUUAGCGGACGGAGGUGAGCUGAGCGGGGCAGUGGAGCUUCUCAGGAAGAGUGAGAGGGACUUGGCAGAGACGCUUUCAGCAAGGUCGGGUGAUGGUCUUUGUGAAUCUUUAACCUUGGAGCUGAGAGCGUUACAAGAAAAGAUGACGAGCGAGAGGAUGUACCAAACGUCAGGUAGAGCAUAUGCAUUGUCUAGCAUGAGCUCCCAUUCCGCUCAGAGGGCAACGGCUCAUUACUCGCCAACGGUGUCAGGAUGCUCGCCAGGAUACUCGCUAACAUCGCCUGCAUACUUGCCAACCUCCCCACCAUACUUGCCAACCUCCCCAGGAUAUUGCUUGCCACAAGCGUAUCAGACGUCAGCAAUGGCUCGUAUGGUGACUCGAUCUCAGGAACUGGGGAUCCAAAGCCCACAACCUUCCCCUGGUCCAGCAUACGCAUUGUCUAGCGUGAGCUCUGAUUCGGCUCAGAGAGCAACGGCUCCUCCUUACUCGCCAACAUCCCCAAGAUACUCGCCAACGUCCCCAGCAUACUCGCCAACAUCCCCAGCAUACUCGCCAGGACCAGCAGGAUAUAGCAUACCACAAGCGUAUCAGACGUCAGCAGUGGCUCCUAUGGUGACUCGGUCUCAAGAACUGGGGAUCCAAAGCCCAGGAUACUCGCCAACAUCCCCAGUAUACUCGCCAGGACCAGCAGGAUAUAGCUUGUCACAAGAACUGGGGAUCCAAAGCCCAGAACCUUCCCCUGCUCCAGGAGGCCGAACCUGAAUUAAAUAAAUAAAGGAAGGGUUUGCUUGCUUUAUUUUGUUUAAUGCAGUGUUUUUUUUUAAUUUCUGGUAAGAAUGGUGAUUGAGUUGGUUCAGUCACCCUGUGUUUGUUUUGUGUUUCCGCAAGCAGCAGACAGCAAAAUAAUAAUUAUUGUCUUAAAUUUACUUGA